GCUCUUUUUAGCAUGGAAUUGGGAAAGUUGGGAGAGAGUUAGGAACAAAAUGGAAUUAUCAGAGGAGGCGACCGAGAAGAAAAAGCAGCGGCGACAGAGAAAGCCUCCUCAAACGACACCGUUCGAGCACUCCCAAUCCCAACAGAACUGCGAUCAGAAAUUUCUCACGAAAGAGAAUGACGACGAUAAGUGGGCAAACGACACUACAAAAAUGCCCAAACGCCGGCCGCGGGUGGUUUCUCCAUAUUUUGAGAAGAAAAAAAUGAGGGAAGACCCAAAACCAGAGAAAUUGAAAAAGAAGAAGAGAAAGAAUGGAGCAUUUGAGGAGUCGGAAGAGCCAAAACCAGAGAAGUUGAACAAGAAGAAGAAAAAGAAUGGAGCAUUGGAGGAGGUGGGUUCUUCCCCUCCAACUCCGAAAAUGCACAAUAGCAGUGGUCGCCGACGACCGCGAGUAGUUUCUCCCUAUUUUGAGAAGAAAAAACUGAGGGAAGAGCCAAAACCAGAGAAAUUGAACAAGAAGAAGAGAAAGAAUGGAGCAUUUGAGGAGGUGGAAGAGCCAAAACCAGAGAAGUUGAACAAGAAGAAGAAGAAUGGAGCAUUGGAGGAGGUGGCUUCUUCCUCUCCAACUCCGAAAAUGCACAAUAGCAGUGGUCGCCGAGGGCUUUCUCCCUAUUUUAGAAAAGAUGGAGAGAAGAAAACACUGAGCGAAGACCCGAAUUGUGAAUCCCAGAAAACAGAAAAAUUGAACAAGAAUGGAGGAUUUGAGGAGUUGGUUUAUCGGUGUGCUUAUUCUCAUUUGGCUUGUCAGUGGGCUUAUUAUCAGAUAGCUUCUCGGUUGGCUUCUCGGUUGGCUUCUCGGUUGAGAAAAGAGGAAGAGUGUGGUGUGAGUAGUCCGAGUUCCCAAAGCGUCUUGGUCAGGAAAGAAAAGCAUAAGAAGAAAAAGAGAACAGUAAAGGUGUCCCCUUACUUUGAAAAAUCACAAGAAGAAAAAAUAGAAGAUUCGGUUCCUCUAGCUUUGGCAAAAGGGAAAAGAAAAAGCAUCCAGCUUUCUGCUUCCGAGAAGCGCAGCGAAGCGUACGAGAGGAAACGCUCUGAUAACACAUGGAAACCUCCUCGUUCUGAUGUUGUUCUCCUCCAAGAGGAUCAUCUUGAUGACCCUUGGAGGGUCUUGGUCAUAUGUAUGCUUCUUAAUCGGACUACUGGCAUUCAGGCAAGGCAGGUUAUAUCAGAUCUGUUCAGUUUGUGUCCCAAUGCCAAAGUUGCUUGUGAGGUUAGCUCAGGAGAGAUAGAGAAGAUUAUACAACCUCUUGGUCUGCAGCGGAAGAGAGCAGUGGCUAUACAGCGUUUCUCCCAGGAGUAUUUGGGGGAAGACUGGACCCAUGUCACUCAGUUGCAUGGCAUUGGCAAGUAUGCAGCUGAUGCAUAUGCAAUAUUCUGUACUGGAAAAUGGAACUUGGUAAAACCUGCUGAUCACAUGCUCAAUUAUUAUUGGGACUUCCUCUGCAGCAUUGCUCACACUUUGUGAAGUGGUGAUUAGGCAUUUUUGUUUCCUAAUUUAUGUGCAGAGUAACUAGGAAAAUUUACAUAACUAUGUAGACAUUUGGAGUGUCGAAAGAUAUGAUAAUAUGGUAUAAUUUUAUUGGGCAUUCUUGAAGCUUCCCGCGCGACUUAGAGGUCGUCUUGAACUCUAAAAUUUUGGGCUUUGUUCCCGGCAGUGAGAGAAAUCUGACCUCAAUGCUGGAACGGUAGACAUCGUGGGAGGCCAUUGAUGGUCGAAUGAAAGUAAGAAGACAGGGAGAAAGAGAGUGAGGGAAUGGACCUUUCUGUAAUUUUGACAAAAUAUUUAUUUUAUAAAAUAGUAAGAUUAUCAUAAA